AUGAAACCAGAAGCUGCCUCGACCCCGCCUGAUUCUGGCUAUGCUACAGAUAGCGACUCGGACGAAUGGCAGCUCUUGGAUGAGGAGACGGACGUCGAAGACCUGGAUCAGGAUCACAUCCACCGUAUUUCCAGACAUGACAUUGUCACUGCCCCAAUCUAUACAAAAGAUGCCUUGUCUCUACUGACCUCCAAGGUCGAUGAUCUUGCUACACAAUACGGUGUCAUGGGCAGAGUACUAGGAAUUCGCGAUAACGCCGAGAUCAUCGUUCCGCAAGACCCUAGGCUUUAUAUCAACACUAAUGCCCCUUUCUCCGCUGUCAUAUGUGGAGUCCAAGGAUCUGGAAAAUCCCAUACCCUCUCGACUGUCCUCGAGAGCAUGUUAAUACCGAACUUCUCACCGAUUGGCAAGCUCCAGAAGGCGCUGUGUGGACUGGUUCUGCACUAUGGUGAGGCAGGGACGGGGGCGCUUCCCAACGAAACCGCCUGGCUUUGUUCAUCGGAAAGCUCUUACGUGCAGGGCCCUCCUAUCCGUGUGUUUGUAUCACGGUCGUCUUUGAAGACGAUGCGAAAGGUAUACGCACCGUUAGGGCCCAAGGUGGUCGUGGAACCUCUUUAUCUCAAGAAGAAGGAAUUGGACGCCCAAGCCAUCUUAUCCAUGAUGGCUAUUUCGUCGUCCGACUCCGCCCCGCUGUAUAUGCAAAUUAUUUUGUCCAUCCUCCGUGACUUGGGCGAAGAAUACGACUUUCAAAGGUUCAUGGCCCAACUGGAUAAGCAUAAGACGAAGUUCAACCCCGCCCAGCUCACCGGUCUCGAGCAAAGGAUGUCUCUAUUGAUGUCCUUCUUGGAACCUGAAGAUGUUCGCAAGGCGAACAAGGGAAAGACCAGAUUUGCUGCGGGAGAACUGACCAUCGUUGACCUGUCAGAUCCAUUUUUGGAUGAAGGCGCAGCUUGCGGAAUCUUCGACAUCGUAACCAGACUUUUUGUUCGUGCGGAUGUUCCGACCGGGAAGGUCCUGGUCGUCGACGAGGCACACAAGUACUUGACGCCGCAUAGGACAGCACAUGGUUUGACGAAGACUCUGACUCGACUCAUUCGCCAGCAGCGACAUCUCGCCAUGAGAGUUUUGAUCAGCACGCAAGAACCCACCGUAGUUCCCGCCGUCCUUCUUGACCUCUGUUCCGUUGCUAUCCUCCAUCGCUUCACUUCGCCAGCUUGGUGGGAGCAUCUCAUUAAGCACGUUUCUGCGGAUUUCUCCAAGAGUGACGCGUUCGAUGAGGUCGUCAAGCUAAAGACGGGCCAAGCCCUCAUUCUCGCUCCCGCAGGUUUAGGCCUGUUUUCCCAGUCACCUCCAACAAGGUCAAAGGAGGAAAGGAAAGGGGAGAGUUCCGGAUCAGGCGAUGCAGUUGCAGUUGAGCCGACUGUCGCUCACAUUGGUCGCCGCUAUAUCAUCAUGAAAACGCGAAGACGUGUAACAGCAGAUGGCGGAGCUUCUAUCCUUGCUGUCAACAGUUGA